AGAAAAAACAUCAUUUCAUUUAGUAUGGUCGAAUGGCGACCAUCACCACUUAAAAAUAAGAUUUUUUGUGAUAUUAACCACACUUUUUAAAACUACUAAAUUUGAAAGUGUAUAAUCAUCAAUCUAAUAAGGUCUCUGUGCAUAAUGACUUUAAUUAAGUUUAAAAGUCCAGUGGAUUUGUCUGAUUACGCCUUAAUAAUACCGACAGUUUCAAUAGGCAACGUGCCGCAGUUAAUGGUGGAUUUGCUCAUAACAACAUACAACUUUUACAAAAUCGGACAUCUUUGGCAUUCCGCUUUGGUGCCAUUGGUAGGGGCUGAUCCGUAUUAUGCGGAUAACAAUGAAAUAUGCACAGCCUGUGAGCUUUACUACUCCCCUGAGCUGAAAUGGGCUACUAUUCAGUUAAGGUCAACAUUGGAAUCUAAAAUGACUUUAAAAUUUCUAAAUGACUUAUGUGAUGAAAUUGUAAAAAUAAAUUUUAGCAAGGUAGCAAUUUUAUCCAGCGGUUUUGAUUACGAACUGAAGAUAAACCAAGAAAAAUUCUUCAUAAAAAGCAACAGUGACAUAUUCAAAAUACACAAUAUUCAGAAGGAAGGACAUGUUCCCGCAAAUGGAUGUGGAUUUUCCUUUAAGAUGUUUAACUUGCUCUCGGAAAAAACAAAAUGUUUAUUAUUAAUUAAAUUCGUUUCUGAAGGCGACAAUAGACCAGACGCUGUGGCAAUGCUGGAAAAAGUGUUAAAAGUGUUUGAUUUCAGUGAAAACAAACGAGGAUUAGUAGAACCUAGUUCUUGGAAAUUUGGAUUUGGUGGUUAUGCUCCUCUUGGUAUAUUCUAAUAAAUAUUUAAGAAGUAACAGAUUAAAUUAAUUUUAUGGUCCAAACAAAUAGAUUUAACAAUGUUAACAUUUUUAAUGAAAUAUAAUUAACUCAUAUUUGUGCUAUUCAUUUACAUAUCUAUCAAAAACAAAUUUCACCAGCAAAGGGUACAAUCAUCCUUAUUCAGGAUGGAAGCAAUUUGAAACUCAGGAAGAUGUAACUGGACAAUAAAAGUGCAGCCACGAGAACUGUGAACCUUAAAAAGAAGUUAUUCAUGUACAAUAUUUAAAUAAACUUUAUACAUACAUUGAUACUAUAAUAAACACGACUUUUAAAUCUGCAUUGUAGUCGUGAACGGACAUGCUAUGCGACAUUCUUGACAGAUUUUUUGUGUUUUGAUUGUUAGUUUGAUUUUAUUAAUUAACGAAGCCAGCAC